ACCUGCAAGAAUUCAUUUCCUUUAGGUCUUAGAUUUUAUCUUCAGAACCAGAAAUCACAAUUCUGCAGAGCCAAGCCAUGGCUGCCUGCAAAAGCUUCCAGCACAUCUUUGAAAGGCCGUUGCCUGAGAAGCAAACUCUUCUUGAGUCAGUCAUGCCACCGUGGAGCCAGAACAUUAAACCUGUUGAGCAAACUGCGCGGUCUUCAUUCUCUGAGCUAUUUGAUUCAAGCCAAAUGUCAACAAACAAAAACCAGAAUGAGAAGGAACACCAGACAAAAAACUUCUCCUUCUCCUUCCCUCUUGGGAAUAAUCAUUUCAGCUGCAACAAGAAUCAUAUUGGCUUUUCAUCGGUGAAGUCAGAAAGUUUGCAACUUUGCACAGAGAGACUUGGGUCUGAAAGUUCGGAUAACGUCGAGGACUUGAAAGGUGAGAUGAUCAAUGAAACCUGGCAAAUCAAGGAGAAAGUAGUGAGUACUUCCCUCAGGCAUUUUGCAGCUGGGAGUGGGAGAUCAAGGACGAGCAGAGAAUCUUUCCCUCCACCUUUAUCUUUCGUAGGAAAGAGCGGAAAGGCAGGGGUUUGCUUCACUUCCUAUAGGCAAGAUGGUAGGUUUGUCUUGAAAGAAGUAAGAAUUCCCAGUCAGGAAUUUCUACAAGCACACAGAGAGGAUGGAUGUCUGAAAUUGCAGAUUGUUCAACCCAAUGACUACGUGGAAGAGGAAGAUGAAGGGGAUGAAGAGCGUGAUGAUGUAGUAAACAACAAUGAAGAAUAUGGAGAAGAUAGUGAUGUUAGCAAUGUUAGGGACAAUGGUCAAUCUUGAAAGAUAGCAAAAUAAGCCCAGAAGGUCAAACCCUCAUCCUUUAUUGUAUAAGCUAUGGUGUGUUUGAUUUUAGAGACUUUGUUUUCCUUUCCAGAGAUGGUAAGAAAAAGGCCACUUUCUUCUUU